CCUGGUUCAGGCUGCACCUUGAUUCUGUUGACAGUCAUGCGAGAGAGGUUGUGGUGCGUUGAAGAUACAGAUUAUAUUUAUCUAUCACAGAACUGUAGUAAAAAUAGCAAAUGUGAAUAGUGAAAGUGAUUGAAAAUCAUUUACUUCAGGUUGAAUUUAGAAAUUGAAAACGAAUGACCAGCAAGCCCUAGAGAACUUUUCAGCAUGAGUAAGCUAUUUCCUAUGUUCAAAAAGAAGGGAAAGGGAAAAGAUGAUGAAUCCAAUGAGGAAGAACCCAAGAGAAAAGGGAAAACUGAGCGAGUGAGAGAAGCCUUGGUAGGGUCAUCCUUGUCCCCUUCAAAAUCUGGGAAGCUUAAGAAAAAAGUGAAACCUGUGAAGGAGAAGAAGGCUGUGAAUGGGAAAGUCAGUAGCCAUUUGCCCGAGGAGGCUGUGAUACACCAGGUAGAGGAUUUCUAUGUGGAUGAUGAUGGAACCGUGAAGUUAGGUGGACUACAGGAGGACCAUUCCUUUGUAGAUGAAGUCCUAUCCUCUGUUGAAGAGUCUUUCUCACAGGAGCACGAUAGGUCUUUUGGUGCUUUUGAUAAAGAUUGUUAUGAAGAAAGUAAUUGUAUCAAAGGAGACAAUGAAGAAGCUGAUGGAGAGAUGUUGACAUCCAAAGGUAAUGAAUCAGAUGUAUCUUUGAUUUAUGAUCAGCAAGGUGACAGGAGUUCUUCUGGAUCUUUAGAAUUUAACACAAAGUCUUGUGUUGAAGAAACAGACCAAGAUGUUUCUGUCACCAGUUCUGGUCAUAGCCAGGAUGAUGAAAAUGAGUAUGAUGGUAAAGGUCUUGUGGCAAUGGAUCAUAGUGUUCAUGAUGCAGGAGGCUUGGAGAUGUCAGAGCAUUUGGAGAAGAGAGAUCAACAUGAAUGUUUUGAAGAUGAUGAGUAUUCAACAGGAGCUGAGCAAAAUGUAGAAAAGGAAGUUGAUGAUAGUGUAAUUGAAACAGGUGCUGGUAAGCAGUGCAUUUCUUCUGACAAUGAGGAAAUUGGAAGUAUAAGUGAAGAAAAGACAUCCUAUUUGUCAGCAUGUGAAAAGGCAUCUCAUGAUGAAAAUACAGAGAAUGUAAACACUGAUAAUGAAGCUGAGGAAUUACAAGAAGAAAGUAUUGGAAAAAGUGAAAGACAUGCAAGUGAAAACGUUACCAGCAGUCAAGACAGUGAUGAGGACUUUGAUUCUGCUCAGGAGGACUGGGAAGAGGAUGAUAAAAAUGGUCAUUGUCAAGGGCCAGGAGAGAAUUUUGUCAUUGACACAAAUAAAUCUCAAAACCUUAAAACUAGUCACAGUUCUGAUUUAGGACAAGAAGCAAAAAAUUCUGUUUUAAUAGAUAGUGAUAGCUCUGAUCAACAUCAUUACAACAGGAAGCGAUGUUCUUCUGAAUAUGAAGAUGCAAAGGGCUUUAUUCAACUUGAUUCUAGUCUUGAAGGAGAGUCUUCGGAUUUUGAGGAAUGUCGUAAAGUAAGAAGAGUGUCAGGUUCAGAGAAGCUUGUUAGGAAACUUUCAAAUAUAUCUGCUGCAUCUAGUGAUGUUUUUAAUGAGGAAUUAGAUGAUCUUUUGGAUGAAGAACUUGACAGAUUAUCUGAAGAGGAGGAAACAGCUGUGGAUAAGACUGUCAGUGAUAAUGGGGACAGGGUUGAAGAUAGUGUAGAUCAUUGUGCAGACAAUUUAGUUGCUAUUGAGAAUACUGCUGCGAGCCAUGUAGAUGGUCCUUCAGUCCAUGAUGACGUGAAUGUUCAUUGUAAUGAAAAACAGAAAACAGGAAAUGUAGUAAUUGAAAACAGUGUUGAUGAUAGGCAUCCAACUGAUGUCAUUGAUGUUGAUCAGCAACAGACAUCCACAGAAGUGAGUGAGAAAACCUCAGACAGCAACACAAAGGAAGGAAGCCCAUCUGUAAGUCGUUUGAACACUUCUGAUGAAAAUUCAGAACACAUCAAAGAUAGUGGUUAUUAUAGUCUGCCAGUUUCUCCUAACCCAGGAGCCAUUGUACGUGCAAGUGGUGAAGAGGAGCGUGGAGCAAAAGUAGUUGAUGAUUCAUUUGCUGAUAGUGAAGAAGAUGGUAUGAUCACACCGCCUAGUGAAGUUUCAACUGUAGAAGACAAAACUGAAAAUUCGAGGGACACUGUAAACUCGGUCGAGGAGGAUCAAAAUUCUUUAGUGGUUAGUGAAUCAGAUACUCCAAGUCAAUGUAGUGGUGAAAGUAUUAAACUCCCUGAAAAAGUUCCUACUGAUGUGAACACUAGUUUAGAAACUUCUAAAUCUCAGCCUGCUUUAUCAAGUCCAAAGCAAGGUGGUAAUCUUAAGGUGAUCAUCCCAAGUGGUGGUGAGAAAAAUAAAGACGAAGGUGUUACAUCACCCAAAUGUACAUCUCCCACAAAAAUUAGACACAAGUCUCCUUUAAAAGAAACUGAAGAGGUCUUUAGCCCAGAUCCUGUCGGAGAACGUUUCUUGGAACAGGCUGUGCAAAUGUCUCAUGAGGAAGCUGAAGCAAGAUUAGCUCAACGAAGAGCUGCAAGAGCAGAAGCGAGAGAACUGCGGCUCCGAGAACUAGAAAAGCAGCAGCAAGAUCAAGAAAAUGAAGAGGAGAAACAGUUCGCUCCAUCAUUUGCAGAAGAAGAAGAGGAGGAGGAAGAUGAGGAAGAGGAGGAGGAAGAACCAUCUCCGCGAGCUACUGUUGCAGGUCGAACAACAGUUGGACGAACAGCAGUACUCAACAGUUCAAGACGUUCAUCGGAGGACUCAACCACUGAUGAGUCUGCUCUUCCAGCAAAUAUUCGAGAGUUAAGGGCGGAAUUAAAAGAACUCGAUGAGAAAUUCCGUAAAGCUAUGAUUACUAAUGCUCAGUUAGAUAAUGAGAAAUCUACGUUAACAUACGAAGUUGAAUUAAUAAAGGACAAAUAUACAGAACUAGAAGAGACACAUACACAGUUGAAUAAAGAGCAUCGUAGAAAAUGUACUGAAUAUGAACAGCUACGGAAAGUGUCAACAAAGCUUCAAGAGGAGGUCAAAAUUUUGCGUGGGAUGCUCCAGGAGAGGGAUCAAUUAAUACAAGAAUUUGGUUUGGUUGUGGUUGGUGAAGAGGAGGAGAAUGGUGAAGUGCCACCUGACCCUGAUGAAUUUGAUGAUAUGGAUGAUUUAACACCUAGAAAAAUAGCUGUCAAGAAAGUACUUCUUUCUCAAGAAGCUGCUGAAUUAUUAGGAAAAGGAGCUGCUAAAGGUUCAUUGGAUGUAAGGUUAAAGAAGUUUGGCGAAGAGAAGAAUGAUCUAGAGGAUCAGGUUAGAAGAUUGAAACUAGAACUUGAAGAAGAAAGGAACAAGAAUAGAAGAAGAGAAAAUGGUUUAGAUUAUGAAAAAGCAAAGGAGCAAAGCAAAGCAUUAAACGAAUAUAAGUUUAGAGUACAGAAGGCAGAAGCAGAAGUGCUAACUUUGCAGGCAAACGUGGCGCGACUGGAUGCUUUGUCAACAAGAUAUAAGACUCAGUCAGAAGAACUUGAAAAAAGUGAAGAAGAACUAAAAGUAGAGAGACGGAAGUUGCAGAGAGAGCUGAGGGAUAUCGCACAAAAAUAUGAUGAAUUAGAAACUACAAAGAAUUAUCUCCAAAGGCAGUAUGAUAAAUUGAAGCAUGACAGGACUGGCCGACACUGAGGGAUGCUCAAAGUAGGCUAGAGGAACUGGAGACUACUAAUAGCCACCUGAUUAGAAGAUUUGACAAGAUAAAGAAUGCUCGAUCGACUCUUCUGAAAGAUCUGUCCCAAGACCCCGCCUGAUGAGGCAAUGUUGGGGUUGUGUCAACCCGUCUAGAACUCUUCCAUAGCUGUGAAUCUUCCAUCUGAGUAACAAUUCAUUUUGUUUCUCAUUGGAGGAACCGAAUCACUGAUAAAGUGUGAUAUUUUGUAAUCUUUCUCUGUGAUUAGGAGUGAAAUAAGAUGCAACUUUAAAGUUUAAGGAGAGGAAAGGAAACCUUAGUACUUUUAUGGAGACUGGAUGAACUGCAGGUCUGAAAGAAUGCCAGUGAAUGUGAGGGUGUGUAACCCAUGAAAAAUGAUACCUACAUUCUGAACAAUUAAGGAAAAAAAAUAAAUCAAUCAAUAGAUGCAGGACGUAACACAAGGGGCAUCUGUGUACUUUAUUAUUCUAUUUUCUUUCACAUGUAUUUAUUUAGUGUGUCUGCCUUAUAGUGGUCUGUAGUACUGCUGUUCUCAUAUUGCAAAUGUUACAGUGAGGAUUCCAAUUUGUUACCUUAACUCACUGUCCUACUUAAUGUACAUCUUUACUGUGAUGGGUUACAGCAGUUCAGGUGUGUAUGGCUACUAUUGGGCCUUGUUUUUGUAUGGAAAUGCCUCUGUGCCUCAAGCACUUAUAGCUGAAAGUUGUCAGGUCAGUUCUAUGCCUCAGGUCAUAUGUAUGUGCCUCAGGGCAGGUUGGCACCUUGAGAAAGUACUGCUUGCUAUUGUGAACAUAAUGAGUGACAUUAAUGCACUGAAGCAGCUAUGCUCACUCAUUCUCCCAAUACCUAAAGAAGGUGUUGCAUGUUUGUUCACUUGCUGAGUUGUGCUUCAUGUGUGCACAACCGUAUUAUGACAAUUUAGUUGUCACCUAUAGACCACCCCAUGCCGAAGCCUUGGUAUUUUUCAUCAAGGUCAAGGCUUACACUGCCUACAAAUAUAUUUGGUGUGGCCGUGAAUUUGCUUUAGGGCUACAGACUUCAAAAGGACUUUUUGUGUUGUAUGUCUUAUCACAAGAUGUCUUUUGUGGUAUCUAGCAAGGCAUUAUUUAAGCACUUGUCCAAGUUGCUACAUUAUGAAGGGAAAAAGAGAAAAUUUAUGCUUUUCAUGGAGUGACAGGUACCAAGGAGUUUUUGUGAACAGCUGAUUCGUGUCCUGUAUAUUAAAGACAUUGUUUUUAAUGCCUUAAAACAGUGUAAACUGAAAUGGCUCAGAAGCUAUGAAAUGUAUUUUGCAAGCUGUUCUUAUGAUGGAAUUUUUCAUAAAUUUUAAAUUUCAUUGUGUUAAAGCGUCUUAGCACUAUCCACAACAGGUAAUGUACCAUGAUGUCCAAACAUGUUGCAAAGGCAACAGUAGAUUAUAUUGUCUAAAUUUACAGGGGUUGGGAUUGGAUUUAGUGGUUUUUAAUACUAGCAUCUUACUUGAAAUGAACUUGGACAUACAUUUGCAGUACAGUAAUAUUAUUACUUACAGUUGUGGACAAUACCAGUUGCCCAGUUUUUAUUUUGCUCAUUUUAAACAACUAGAUUAUUUUUAAGGUAAUUAAGGGAUGUCUUUAAAGGGUAUGAACAUAAGAUUAAUGGAACUAGAAAUUUUAGUUUUUAUUUUUAUAUCUGACAGCAUCCCUUUAGACACCCCUGGCAAAUCAUUUAAUGUCUGCUGGUUAGUCCCCCUCUUUAAAAAUUUAGACUUUUAAGUUGUCUUCCCUUUCCACCACCCUGGUUUUUUCCAGUGAUCUUAUUUUCUUUGCUUUUUCCAGUGUGGAGUGUUUUAAUAGUGUAAUUCCCCCUUUUAUUAAAUUAUAUUCAUAAAGCCUGGUUCCUAAUUAACUUAGGGGAGUCUCUCCCUGUGAAACUUGUCCAUGUGAUACAGCCAUUGUCAGUUGUUAAGGUUGUUUAGCGUAUUGGUUUGAUAGUGUUGCCAUCAUCUCCUGCCAUUUCAUUAUUGGCUUUAGAGGAUUUAUGUUGUUCUGAAAUUAUAAGUUAUUUGUUAUUUACCUUUGUGAGAGAUGUAUUAGAGAGAUAGGUCAUAUUCCAAGCUUGUAAAGUGAUAAUUGUCCCUCCCUCCUUUUAUCAUUUUGCACAAAUUGUUAUAGCAUCAUUGAUAUUUAUUGUUGUCAUGGCAUCUGUUACAGAGUAAUGUAUGCUUAAUUAUCAAACAAUUCGUAAUUAGGAAGCGCACAGGGAGUAAGAGAGAAUUGUUCGGUGAAAUCUUAGCACUGUUUGAGUGUUUGCACCCACCUCAUGCUUUUUCUUUUUUUUAUCUUGUCGUGACUUACAAUUUUACAUUUUUCAGUGUUAAUAUUAAGAAUCGUCACUGUAAGAAUAUUCGAAUAGAAGAAAAACGUCAUGUAAGUGCUCUCUUUCUCUUAAAUGUAAAGUAAGAAUUUUUUUUAUGUUUAGAUUAGGUCUUUAAAUUUUGAUGAGUUUUGCAAACUGAAGUGUAGGUUUUGUAAAGAAAUGGGUUAGCAAUUCUUUAGUUGCUUGUUUAUUCCCAAAUGAACAACUGUAAAACAAACUUGGAGUAAAAUUAAUAAUAGGGUUCUUUAUGAAAUUUAUUUGUCAUAGAACAUUUUGUUUUGCCUGCCUAAGAAAGACAAAAAUCAAUUUCAAUAAGAAAUGUCACAUUGCUUCCAUUGUAAUGAGUUUGUGAUGCUUUAGUUAUUUUGUGAGAUCACCCAGCUAGAAACAUCGAUGCCUAAUGAUGUAUUAGUGUCAUCGAAAUGCAAAAAAAUUAUAUAUAUAUCUUGAUUAUUAUCCCUUUGUUUGGGUUAUUUUAACCGUGGUUGCCUGAUGUAAGAAAAGUGAGCUUGUUUGGAUAAAUGGUUUAGAAUUUUUUAUUUUGAUUCUAGGGAUUCCUCUCAAAAGAAUAUGUGGAAUUUUUUUUUUUUAAUAUAAAUUUAGCCUACUGUCAUAUGUAGUUUUAGAUGAGAAAUUAAUUCUCAAGAUUGACUUAUUUGUCCCAGGUAACCAUGGCAGUCCAAAGUAAGAAGGAUGAGCUUACUUAAUGAAUGUUUUGGUCCAUGUUUUCUUAAGUUUAGGGACAGUUCCAUUCAACGUGCUAAUGUUGAUUCAGGUAUGAAUUACCAAUUUUAGCUUUAGAUUCUGGAAAGGUAAUAAUUUUCAAGGUUGAAUUAAACAUCUCCAGGGCCUCUGUAUAAUUUUAUAUAUAAAAAAGCGUAUAGUAGAACCAAACUAAUUUACAAUAUAAUCCCAAUACUUUUGUCAUUUUGAUGAUAAAAGCAUCUCAAAGGCAAUUCUUAUUCUAUUCAGUACUGAAAAUAAGGUUGCUUUUACAAGUAUUGUAAUUUAAAAAGUUGAAUAUAUCUCAGUAGCUGCAGCUUUACCAAAGUAGUUAAGGUGCAGGCUGUUGUAUUUAUGUUGAGUCCUUUUCAGAUUUUCCAUGUUGGAAAUCCAGGUACUAUACAAAUAACAAAGGGGUAAUACAAGUGAUAAAUUUUUUAAAUUUCUGGAGCCCUAUGCAUACAUUAGUUUCAGUAGUAUGUAAACUCCUGUUACCAAACCCUUGUGAAGAAAAUGAAAGUCAUUCCUAAAUUAUGUGAAUGUUUGAUGUAAAAUAGAUAAUAGUAAUUGGUUCCUGUAACUUUUGAUUAUUUUUAAAUAGUUAAGUUACAGAACAGUUGUAAAGUCUGACUGACAUUGCUGAUAAUUAUUAGGUUAUCCCAACAAAUGAAUCAAACUAUUUAUUGUAAUAUUUAGUGUUCCACCCACACAAUUUUUGUCAAGCAUUUAACACUGUGAUUAAUGUAAAGUUGAAAGAGCGCGCCAUAAUAGUUUUUUUAUAGUAUUGACUUAUGUUGGUAUGACUUUCAGGUACAAGUGUGAAUUACUUUUGAAAUAUUUGAUCCCAUCAUUUCCCUUACUCCUUGGCAUUGUAUGGAUAAGAGUUUACAUUGAUUGUAUACCAGUUCCUAAGAUCCAGAAAGCCCUGAGGUUGGCAAAGUAAGAUUAUACUUUUUGUUUCUAGUGCAACACCAAGCUACCCAGUAAAUGCCAACUUUGUUAUAACAUUACCUUUCAAGAAAUUAUUGGGUAAAAUUCUUAAAUGCCUCAUGACAAAGAAAUUCCUUAGAUGGAAUAUUCAACCUCUGUGCCACAGGAUAAAGCAUAGUAUGUAGGUCUUGUUUUAGUAAAUUUCUUGCUUCAACAAUUAGAAAAUUAUCAUAGUUCAAGGGAUUUGUUUUUGUUGAUGCUAAGAUUAGUUUCAUCAGCUACCAAGUGCUUGCUUAGGUUACUUUCAUUUUAAAUCUGUGGACUACAAGCUGAGCUGUUUCUUUUCUCAUAUGAAAUUGACUUACUGUUGGGAUAGGAGUGAUAUAGAUGACAAGCACUGUAUUUCUACUGCUUCUUUAUUAUGUAGUACAGUACUUGUCUUUAAUGAUGGGAUAUCUCAUUGUGCCUGGGCAAGGAAAAAAAAUGAGAAGUUAAUGCAUAAAUAAACUAAUAAAGAAGUGCUAUUUAUUUUAAGUAGUGAUGCAGGAAAUAGUCUUUUGUUUGCCUUUCUGCAUUUGAUUACUGAAACUGUAAUAUGGACCAGAAUGUUAUUAAAUGUCUGAGUCAUUAGACUGUUUUGCAGCUACAAGCUGUAGAGUUAAGGUUAUGAAUGGCCAGAUUUAGAAAUCUUAUCUGGAAAAUAGCAUUUUCAUGAUAUAGAAGACUAAAUGUCGUCAAAAAUUUAUGAAAUGUGUGUUGAUUUUUGCAUUGUUGCAAAAUCUGUUUAAACCAAAAAAGUGAAGUGCUUGGUAAUGUUACUGAGAAGAAGAAACGUAGAAUAUGAAAAAAAGCAUAUCUUAGUAGAUAAAUCCUUAUUAUACCAGCUGAUUUUUUAUUAUUCUUGAUAUAGGUCAUAUAUUGAGUUUGUCUUCCAGCCUUUAAUUUUAGAAAUAGAUCUCUUAGUGAAAUCCUGAAAUGUAAAUGAAAUAGUGGAUGCAGUUAGUAAAAAGCUUUGGAAACUAUUAUAUUACAUUUAUGAUGGAUGUUAUAUCUGGGAAAUACUGAGGCAUAAUAGGGUAGCUUUCAGUUUUACAUGAUCUAAGUUUUUCAGUUUUUCCAUAUCCUGAAAGUGUGGGUGGCAUGUAGUAGAAUGAAAUUGUUUAGUCAUUCUUUCCCCAAGAGAAAAAGCAGCAUUUUUUAAUAUGAUGAUCCUUUCUUACCAGGCAUCAAGAUAAGUUUAUAUAUAUUCUUCAAAUCUGGAAUCUUUUAGUGAAAAUCAGGACAGUAGUUAUUGUGAUCAUAAAUAUUAUUACAAAGAGAGAAUUGCUAUAAUUAUGGGAAUUGUAAAGUUAUUGAAUUAACCUUUAUGUAAUAUAUAUGAAUCAGUUGCUGAAAUUCAUGAUUAAUCAUGAUAGAUGAAUUUAAACAAACAAAUACAUCUCAGCUUAGGGUAUUACUAUUAAUAGCAUAAAAAUUUUUAGUAUGUUUUGAAUGUACAAAUUGUUGAUCAGUUUUUAUUUGGUUAGAACAUGCUUAGAAUUCAACCUCCACUGCAGGCCUCAAACUUACAGGGAUCAUUUGUAUAAUAAGCUAAAGUUUUACCAUGAUUUUUUAAUGGUAAAGCAUUGCUCAGUGCCAAUGGAGUUGACCAUUUAAGCUUAGUUUACACUCAUCCAGCUGUGUAAAAGUUGGUGUUGCUCGACUCAGUUUCUUCCUUGUAGGGUAUUCUGGUUUAAAAUACUACACUAUCAUUUGGUUUUGGUAGAAGUGAAGAAGUCUUAACGGCUUAUGGAAACUUGUAGCCGAGUCUAGGAAAGGUAUAUCUUGAGGUUUGUGGAAACAGCAUGGUAUAAAUAUUUCUGCCAUUGCUGUUAAGUCAUGCCUGCACUACCCUUUCAUAUUAUUUCACAGUCAGAAGUUGCAUUAGAAAACAUUUUGGCAUAUGAUGUAGGACAUGCAUUGUCUUUUGUAAAUUAUUUUAAAGGAUGCAGUGCUUUAAAAAUGUCAGUGGGUAUGACUGUGUUCCUCAUGAAUUACUGUAGGUUGAAAUUUUGUUUAGUUGGUAACUUUUGAAGGUAUGGAUCAUUUUCAAGAUUGCCAAAUUGCCAACCGAGUGUCGCACUGUAUUGCAUACCAUGCCGGUACAUUGUACAUCAAUGGAUGAGUGUCAAAAACUGAAGUCCCAUACUGGCCCAGAGCGCUCAAGGGUCAUUCAAGGUUGUUGCAAUAUUUUUACACUUACGUAGGUAGUCAAAUGAUGUAUAACUGUUAGUAAUAUGGUUGUUCUACAGGGAAGUGGCAAGUGUCGGUAAUGCAUCAGAAUAAUAUUUUUAUUUCAGUUAACUUGAUCAUCAUCAUCAUCAUCAUCAUUAUCGUUAUUGUUAAUGAAACACUCAUUCUCUCAGUACGUUCAAUUUUUCUGUUAGGCCAGUUUAUAAAUUAUUGCAAACCCAUAAGCUCUCUCUCUCUCUCUCUCUCUCUCUCUCUCUCUCUCUCUCUCUCUCUCUCUCUCUCUCUCUCUCUCUCUC